CUGCACCCAAGACCACCGCCUUGGAAGCUCUCCGUUGCACAUAAAUACCUGCUUUCUCCCAGAUUCCACUCUUCAACCAACAUCUGCACCUUACUAACACCUCGAACUUUCAAUCAACCAAGCAAUCAUCAAUCAUGGACUACCUCAACAAGUUCACCGGCGGCGACAAGAACGAACAGCAGCAGCAACAGCAGCAGGGUUCCUCGGAGCAGAAGCAGGAGGGCGGCGGCUUCCUCAGCGGCCUUGGAAACAAGAUGAACGAGGCUGGUGGCGGCGGUGCUGCCGGUGAGAAGAACGAGGACAUGCUCGACAAGGGUAUCGACUUCGUCCAGGAGAAGUUCCUCGGUGCGGGUAAGCAGGAUAACGAGUCCGCUGUCGAGCAAGCCAAGGACGAGCAGAUAUCGGACUUCAUUCGGGGACGGUACAAGGGCGUAGCGGGAAGCGACAUGCCGAUCAAGGACAAGCCGACCACGUUCGACAAGAGCACUGAUUAGAUGCUUCGAUUUGUUGGCCCCCUGAGGGAUGAAUAUUUCACUGUGAUGGGGUAGGACCAUGGGAAGGAGCUGCAGUAGUCAUGCGGCAAUGACUAUAGCGACACUCAAUUGAAUCAUUCAUAUCACCUCAUGCUUCUCGCAGUGCGGUGCUCGUGCGUUGC